AUGGGAGGUAAGAUUGACAAUUCCAUAAACAAUGGUAAUGCAGCACCCAUUUUCAGAAUGCAAGAAGACGAGAAAUCUAACAUACACGUCGAUGUGGUUGCUGACAUUAAGGAGGUUCUAGAUGUAAACAAUGUUUUGGCCAAAUCAUUCCGCAAUGCUAGGGCAGAGAUUGAAGCAAAUCCACGUGUAGAGAUUAAAAUGAGGCUAAUUGGGAACAGAACUACUGACGCUAGAACGUAUAACUUACCGACAGCGUCAGAAGUCGCAGCCUUAAUCGUUGGUGACCUAGAUCCAUCAAUAGGCAAUCGGGACAUUCUGGUUGAGUCAAAGAGUGGUUUACUAAAACGUAUAAGUGAGUUGAAUCCAUGUUACUUACCAAUGCAAUAUCCUCUCUUAUUCCCUUAUGGUGAGGACGGGUAUAGAGAGGACAUUCAGUUUGCUGGGACAUCUAAUCGUCCUCAGGGUGGCAGGCACCGUGUAUCUCCUAGAGAAUACUUCGCAUUUCGAAUCCAUGAACGGACAACGGAAGUAUCAACUAUACUUUACUCCAGGAGAUUGUUUCAACAGUUCUUAGUAGAUGCGUACACAAUAGUUGAAUCUGGGGGGCUAAUUUACAUUAGGACCAACCAGAAAGCACUAAGGUGUGAGGCUUACAAAGGACUCUCAGAUGCAGUGACAAGGGGAGAGGUUUAUCCUAGCACUUUAGGGAAACGUAUAAUUUUACCAUCUAGCUUUACAGGUGGGGCUAGGUACAUGAUACAAAAUUAUCAAGAUGCGAUGGUCAUUUGUAGGUGGAUAGGUUAUCCGAAUCUUUUCAUUACAUUUACGUGUAAUCCAAAGUGGCCGGAAAUUCAACGGUAUGUUGUCAAGCGAAACUUAAGGGCAGAAGAUAGACCUGAUAUUGUGUGCCGAAUAUUUAAAAUGAAAUUGGAUUUCCUAAUAAAAGAGUUCAAAUCCGGAGGAAUAUUUGGUGUAUUUAGAGCAGUCAUAUACACUAUUGAAUUUCAAAAACGGGGACUUCCUCAUGCACACAUCUUGCUCUUUUUAGCGAGAAAGGAGGUGAACAGUGCAACUAGCUUCAUGGACACUAUCAUAUCAGCUGAAAUCCCAGACAAGGAACGUGACAGAGAAUAUUACAAUGUUGUUGCAGAAUUCAUGAUUCAUGGACCAUGUGGGGCUGCACGGAAAAAAUCACCUUGCAUGGUCAAUGGGCGUUGUUCUAAGCAUUUCCCAAAAAGAUUUGUUGAAUGUUCAAGUUUAGAUGAAGAUGGCUACCCAAUUUAUAGGCGACAUGAUGAUGGUAUGACCGUAACAAAGAACGGUAUGCAAUUGGACAAUAGAUAUGUCGUGCCACACAACAGAGCUUUGCUUUUAAAGUACCGAGCACACAUGAAUGUUGAGUGGUGUAACCAAUCCAGGUCCAUAAAAUACCUUUUCAAGUAUGUUAACAAAGGGAAUGAUCGUGUAACAGCUGAAUUAUAUAGAAAUACUGUGGAUACGGAUGGGAACGAAAUAGUAGAUGAGAUAAAUAUGUACUACAACUAUCGCUAUGUUUCUGCAUUUGAAGCGACAUGGCUCCUACUCAGCUUUGACGUUCAGUAUAGGACACCAUCGGUUGAAAGGUUAAGCUUCCAUCUGCCGGAUUGCCAAUGCGUAGUGUUCAAUGACGACGAUAGCGUUACAGAAGUUCUGAACAGGCACACUGUUGGGCAAAACAUUUGCACAUUUAAUGGGAUUGAGUACAUCACAUUUAGAGAUGCAUGUUAUGCACGCGGUUUGUUAGAUGAUGAUAAAGAAUACAUUGAUGUGAUUGAAGAAGCAAGUCAUUGGUCAUCAGCUCAUUCGAUGCGGAAACUUUUUGUGACAUUGUUGAUCACCAAUUCGUUAAAUAGACCGGAAAAUGUUUGGAAUGAAGUAUGGCACCAUCUAGCGGAAGAUGCACGAUUCAACCAACGUAGGUUGCUUCAAAAACCAGAUUUAGAGCAAUCAACGUUAAAUGGGAACCGUUUAUUGCUUGAGGAGUUAUCGUAUGAUCGUGCAGCCCUUUCUGAAGAGAGUGCUCAAUUGACAAACAGAUUAACUGAUGAACAAAAGAGUAAAACUUUCCUUUGGCGAGCAUUAUAUGCGACAUUGCGAUCUAAAGGUGAAAUAGUUCUUAAUGUUGCUUCGAGUGGUAUAGCAUCAUUACUCCAACCGGGUGGAAGGACUGCACACUCUAGGUUUGCAAUACCUAUCAAUAUUACUGAGGAUUCAACAUGCAACAUUACACCCGGUAGUGACUUGGCUGAAUUGAUUCUUAAAACGAGAUUUAUAAGUUGGGAUGAGGCACCAAUGAUGCACAAGCAUUGCUUUGAAGCGUUAGAUAGAACGAUGAGAGAUUUGUUACGGUUUGUUAACCCGAGGAGUGCACAUCAAACUUUCGGCGGGAAAACAGUGGUGUUAAGUGGUGAUUUCCGCCAAAUAUUGCCCGUAGUACCAAAAGGCACAAGGCAAGACAUAGUUGCUGCCACCAUAAAUACAUCGUACCUGUGGGAUAAUUGCAAGGUUUUAAGGUUAACUAAGAAUCUUCGCUUGAAAAGUAUGAGCGCCAGCACUGAAUUGCAACGGCUAGAGAACUUUGCGAAAUGGAUCGCAGGAAUUGGUGACGAGACUAUUGGAUGUCUAAAUGAUGGGUCAGUAGAAGAUGAUAUCCCACCAGACAUGUUGUUACCGAGUUCCGAAAUCCCAUUGCAACUGUAG